AUGUCCACUUUCUCCCUGCAGACCGUGGUUUCAGCACCACUGGAGCUGGACAGCGACUGCAUGGAACCCCGCGCGGCGGGACCGCACGAGCCCGGCUUCCAGGCUCGCUCUCUGGGGCAGGCGGGCUCCGGAGGCCUCGGUAUGGCCCUCGAGGAGGAACUGGCCAUGCUGACAGGAGACCGGGACGACCAGGAGGAGUUACCCGACCAGGAGACGCCUUCGCCGGGGCAAAACGCAGACCUGCUGUCGCUGUUCCGUCAGAAGGAGAAAGACUUGGUUUUAGCUGCUAAACUCGGCAAAGCACUGCUGGAGAGAAACCAAGACUUGACCAAGCAAUAUGAGAAAAUGCACAAAGAUCUCAACGAGAAAUUAGAGCACUUGGAGCAGGAGAAGCACGAGCUGCGCCGGCGUCUGGAGCGCCGGGAGGGCGAGUGGGAGGGCGGCGUGGCCGAGCUGGAGGCCGACGUGCAGCAGCUGCAGGGAGAACUGGAUCAGAACCAGCUGCAGCUGAGGGAGGCUGAGAGGGACAAGAGCACGGCCAUCAGAGAGCUGUCCAAUCAGAACCACCGGCUGCUGGAGCAACUCAGCAGGGCUGCAGAGGUGGAGAGGCAGCUGUCCACUCAGGUGAACUCUUUACGGGAUGACUUCAGGGAGAAGAGCCUGUCCAGCAGCGAGCACACGACCCGACUGGAGACUCUACAGGCGGAGCAAGGGCUAGAAAUUAAGAUGCUGGCGGAGAGGAAGAUGGAGCUGGAGCGGCGGCUGCACGCCAUGCUGGAGGAGAACGAGCUGCUGCAGAGCUCCGUGGACGAGCUGAGGGAGAGGACCAUGCUGCUGGAGAGGCACAGCCACCACAAGGACCUGCAGCUGCGUCAGAGCCAUGCAGAGCUGCAGGAGGCCCAGCUGUCUCACCGGCAGCUGAGCGUUCGGCUGCAGCAGCUGACGGAGGAGCAGAGCCUGCUGCCCCCCUCCUCCAGCCUGCUGUGUGAGAUCGAGCAGAGCAUGGAGCAAGAAGAGCAGGAGCAGGAGAGGGAGCAGCUGCGCCUCCAGCUGUGGGAGGCGUACUGCGAGGUGCGCUCGCUCUGCUCGCACCUGCGGGGGAACGACCUCACCGACUCGGCGCUCUCCACCGACUCCUCCAUGGACGAGUCCUCGGAGACGUCCUCAGCCAAAGACGUUCCCACGGGAAGUCUCCACACCGGACUGCUGGAGCUCCGGAGACUCACCCAGAACCUGCUGGACGGAAAUGAGUCCACGGGGUCGCGGCGCAGCGACGAGGAAGCAGUGGAGGAGGUGAAGAGGCUAGGUGAGGAGCUGAGGGAGGUGAGAGAUCUGUACGAGGAGGAGCAACACAAAACACACAGCAACCAGGAGGAGGUGCUGCAGCUGCACAACCAGGUGGCGCUGCUCUCCGUAGAGAUGCUCUCUUUACGAGAAGACAACGAUCGGAUCAGGACGAUGUCUGAAGUCCGAGAGCCGAGCGAACAGCUGCAGACGGCCAUCAGAGACCGGGACGACGCCAUCGCCAAGAAGAAGGCGGUGGAAAUGGAGCUGGCAAAGUGUAAGAUCGACAUAAUGUCUCUGAACGGUCAGCUGCUGGACGCCAUCCAGCAGAAACUCAACCUGUCUCAGCAGCUGGAGGCCUGGCAGGACGAUAUGCACCGAGUGAUCGACCAGCAGCUGAUGGACAAGUAUCAGGACGAGUGGCGCCCCCCACCCUCUGUGUCGGGGCCCCCCCCAGGCGCCUCGUCAUCAAGGCGCGCCCAUCGCUUCUCCGACCGUGACAGGAGACUUUUCUCUUUUUUCAAAAAGAGCUGA